AUGGACAACGCAGCGGAUCUGUCUUCUCUACAGGAUGGCUUCUCGUUCAACAUGACGUCUGUCAACGUUAGCAGUCUUCCGACAACUUUUCUGUCACCCGUUGUGAACAAAGUCGUCAACAUUCUUAUCAUUAUUGUCUUGUUCAUCACUAUGAUUUCACUGGGGUGCACCAUGGAGGUGUCCAAGAUAAAGGACCACAUUUUAAAACCUAAAGGGGUGGGCAUUGCAGUUCUUUCCCAGUACGGCGUGAUGCCUCUCACGGCUUUUUGCUUGGCUAAGGCCUUCCAGCUUACUGAAAUAAUGACGGUGGUCAUUCUAAUCUGUGGCUGCUGCCCUGGAGGAGCAGCCUCCAACAUCCUGGCUCUGGCUCUGAAUGGAGACAUGAACCUCAGCAUCGUGAUGACCACCUCCUCCACGAUACUGGCUCUCGGCAUGAUGCCUCUCCUGCUCUACUUGUACUGUCAGGGCUUCUCGACUCUGCAGAAAGCCAUCCCUUAUGUUGACAUCGUCAUAUCCCUGGUCCUGAUCCUGGUGCCGUGCGGCAUCGGCAUCCUCAUCAACUACUACAAGCCGCAGUAUUCCAAAAUCAUCACAAAGGUAGGCCUCAGCAUAAUGGCAAUUUCCAGUGUGGCAAUUGGAAUCGUCGUCUGCAUCGAUGUCGGAGAGGCCAUCCUGGGUGUGCUGUCUCCCACCCUGAUGGCCAUCGCUGCCCUCAUGCCCUUCAUCGGUUACACCUUCGGUUACAUCAUCUCCUCGCUCUUCAGGCUCAGCCAGUCGGAACGGAGAACCGUUGCUGUGGAAACAGGCUGUCAGAACAUCCAGCUGUGCGCCACCAUACUGAAGCUAGCCUUUCUGCCAGCAGUGAUCGGGCCUUUGUUCAUGUUCCCGAUGGUCUACCUGUUCUUUCAGCUGAUUGAGGCGGUGAUACUCAUCAUCCUGUUCAGGUGUUAUCAAAGGUUCACCCAGAAACCGAAAGAAAAAUACAAGCCAGCAUCAACUGGAGACGAGCUGAAGGAGCUCCCUGAGACGACUGCGUGA